CAGACACGCCACAGCUACCAUGGUCAGGAGGCAAUCUAUCAGAACUGUGCAAACCUUCCUCUGGGAGUGCAAGCCAGUGCUGUGCAGGUGCAAUCGCAUCAGAUCCAUACGCAACACCAGGCCGUACAUACAGCGCAUCACAUUCAUCAGAUGACGGACACGGCUGCGUAUGGCAAGUUUGCCCGAAGUCCUACCCGACGGCCGGAGUCGCCUCCUCCGCUGCGGAACUACCACCAGACGAUGGUGCUGAUACCGUACAACGCCGAGACGUACCAUCGCUAUACGGCACAAGAACAGGAGAACUACCGACGACAGCAUAACAUCGUCGAGUAUCAGCAGGUUACCCAGCAAACGAUCCGUGUACCGGUCGGGUACCCGUUACCAGGCAUGCAGCUUCACGUUGUGGCCGCCGGUGCACGUACGGCUGGGCUUCCACCGCAUUAUUCCACGCUGCCGAGGCUAGGUACGAACACGGCUCCGGUGAAUGCGGCUACAGCUACGACAACGGGGCCUCAGUCAUCGGCGGGGGGUACAGUACCUCCGGCGCCACAAGGUAAACCUCCGGCAUACUCUCAGUACCCUCCGCCCCAGGACGGUAAACCGGGAGUCGUCAAAUUCACGGAGCGAGGUGCCCCCGAAGGUGCGGCCAGUGUACAACCGUCCGAUGCGAACCAGUUGCUAUCACCGACCGGGCAAGGCCAUGGACCACCCGGUAUGCCCUGCUCAGUAGCCCAGAGCUCCGCCACAACGACUGCAGGAACGACCAGUGGCCAAGGGCCCACAGCUGUAUCCGCCGCAUCCGUGAUGGCCAGCAGCGCGGGAAAUGCCAUGUCUAAUGCCUCCGCUAACCAGCCCGGUCAGGGUGGAGCCGUGUUCUACGCCAUGAACGUUUGACAGGGCGAUUAGAUAAAGCUCACGAUACGCCUCGAAUCGACGGUGGAUGGCGCAGAGCAAGAGCAGCCUGUAAGCGCUACGGAGGCAAUGAGGAUGGUCUCGAGUCAAUCCACGGUUGCCGCCCUCUAGCAGAGGGCUUCCACAACAACGAACAGCCCAACUACCAUGUAGGAGAUGCUGAAGAUCCGUCACCGGCUGAACCACCUGGAAACUGGUCAUUGACUGGUCAUUGAAUUGCAGCAGCAUUGAGAUUGAGGUGGGGAUGCAUGUAAUGCGUAAUGCGGAUCCUAUCGCUAAUAGCGGAUGACAUGGCCCCUUCGUACCGGAGCCUGUAUACCCGUAGUCUGUAGAGUGGUAUUUGGUUGGCAAGAUUUCGAUUUCCUUUUCAAACACUCGGCUGGUCCCACACGCCCGCAGGGUGCGGCUCUACUGGUGUUCCUGUCCAGCCAGCGGCAGCGGCCAGUGCGCCGUCUGGCGACGCUUCGGUUUUGGUUCGGUUUCAUCUGUUUCAUAAUAUGGCGGCGACGUCAACAGGUUGCCCUGUCUGGAGGUCGAUGAUGUAAACGACGUAUGCGGCUGGAACGUGGCCGCCCCUAGGGGUAGACUGAUGGGUUCUACCUACGCAAUACCAUGAGGCAGCCGCACCGUGAGUAACAGCAACAGCAGAUCGACAGAAGGGGGAUCCGUUGUUCCGUUCACCAUUAUAGGCCAUCGACGGUCCUGUCUCUCACUCUGGAAUCACCUUCACUAUAGCGAGGGUCCACCUUCUGGGAGGGUCCGUCAAACAAGCUGAUAAUGGCGCAUGCUUGGGCGCGUGAUUAGAUUUAGAUAGAAUGGUUCCUCGAAUUGAUCGUUUACAACAGUUAAACAUUGAACAAAUUGAACAGCAUCUUUGCUACGUCUGUCUGUCUGUCUGUCUGGGUGUGUUUGUGUGUGUAAAUAGAAUUUAUAAAAAUCACGUAGUAACGACUGCAGUAGAAUCGACCGUUUGGCUCACAGCAGCAACAGCAGUAACAGCAGGAACAGCAACAGAACAACUCAUAAUCAUGCAUUAGCGCAAACAAAUCUCAAACGGAAUCUUAACUACUUAUCUACUAAUCAGCAGUUAAUCAGGGUUUGAAAGUUUACGGAGAAAGAAUUUUAAGCUCAAAACGAUGGACACGAGUGUUGCGAAACGGAGAUGUUGAAGGAUUGGAAGGAAGGAAAAAAGGUGGUGAAAGAGGAAUCAAUUCCGUUCUCUUAACUAGUGCCAAAGGAUGAUAUGCACGAGAAGCGAGACCUUCGAGAAUGAUUUGCUUUUAUAUAUUUUUUUAAAUUAUUUCUCUAAACAUUCCCGAACUGGUUGCGAUAUGUUUCUCGUGAUAUUUAUGACUAGCACACUCGUACGAGAAGGAGGUAGCACACACCUCGGAAUAUCAGCUAGCGAUAAGUCUUGUUAAAUUGCACCAAAGAUAAUCUAUCCCAAAAGUCGAGGGCAUGGCUACACUUCCCGGAUUUCCGUGGUUUGGAUAUGCACUCGCACUAUCAUAACAAAACUGCACGAGCUUUCUACGCCCCUCUUCCCUCCCGGGCAAUGUACGUUCGGGUGGGAUGGAGACAAACAAAACCCUUAAGAAAUCACGCAAGUCUUCGGUUUUAUUUUUGCAUUUGUGUCUUAUCGUUAUCAUAAGUGUGUACCGUUAUGCUCGGUAGGAGUGGCAUUGAUUGGUGCAAGGGGAAAGGGAAUGAUGAAUGGAACAAAGUUUGAAGGAACGGAAUGGCAAGCAGAGAACAUUUCAGAACGUGCUGCAAAAACCAAACCAUUGAAGGGAGGAAUUUAUUAGCUAAGAAGUUUGUACAUCGCACAACAAUACAGCAAAUAGUGGAGCGAGAAUGGUGGUAGUGGCUAUAUGGAUAACAAAAGUAAAUAAAAAAAAGAAGAAAACGAAAGGUAUCUUAGAGAACGAGGGAACCUCUCAAACAAACAACAAUACAAUGGACAGUCGCGGCAGAGAGUAAUAUAUUAGAAUGGAGUGGGAGAGAGUAGGAAAAUAAAUAAUUUAAGAAAAAAAAACUAAAUAAAAACAAACAAUUAGGACAACUCUCUUGAAAGAGGGCAACAGAAGAGAGGAACCCAAUUGUUCUUUUUUUGCAGUAAACCAAAAAAUGAAGAGAGGAGCAUCAUUUAAAGUAAUGAAAGAAGUGGUGAAGCACCGCGCUCACAGAAAUACAUUAAAAAGAGGUGGGUCAUGGAUCGCAUGUAGUGAAAAGGAACAGUAGCUUUAGCUUAGCAACCUAGAAACAGAUCAUGGUAGGCAGCAGUGAACCUAGUUGACAGAGCAAACCCAUUUUCAAAGCGUGCAGAUGGGUUUAGGUUGAUUGAAAGGAUUGAACUCACGACAAAUCUUACCCCGCGUAAGAAACUGGAAAGCGGAAAUGCAAAGAAACAAAAAAGUGUGACAAAGCAAACAUCUAACCCUACGAAUAUGAAACCAAACCAAUAUAUAUAUAUAUACAUGAAAAGGAUAUGCAUAUAUAGAUAUACACAGAGAGACAUGAAAACCAAAUAGCAUAAUCGAUUCACGCAGCGAAUGCACCAACUGUAGGUCGCACACUGUUGAGGUAAGGCGCAAAUCGCAGGAAUCGCAAAAUGGCCUCAAUGAUAUAGAGAUAGCCGAGUGUGGUGUGCGCAACUGGGAGUCGAAUGACACGUCAUUGAACGCUUGGAAAAUUGUAGGAAAGCAUCAAACACCCAUUUGACACCCCAACCCACACGUGGAAAGCUAAUUUGAGAACAAGAAUUGUGUGCGACAUCAAGCGCCAUGAGUUGAUUGUUACAAAAUUGUACAUUCCGAUCAUAGAUUCAGUUUAACUCUCUCCUCCUUCUCUUUCUCUAUUUAGUUCACUUAACCUUCAGAUGAUUCAGGAGAUGGAAAGUAAAAAGGGAAGCUUGGACCUUCUAUGCGUCGUCUUUGCUUUGCAGAGAGACAGGAGAGCUGGUGAAAAUUAGGAAGGGACAUCCAUCGUUAAAACAUCGAUUUAAUCGCAAAUCGUAACAUCUAGGCCUCAAACAAGCUCACAAAACACACAAAGAGACAGAGGAGAGUGUGGGAAUAAAUGGUUGGAAGCGGUGGAAAGAUGUGCAGAGCAUUGAUUGUUUUUAAAGAAAAUUAAAUAGGUGGUUGAGAUAAAUUUACGUGAUAGUGGCGAUUGGAUAGAGGCAGAGAGAGAGAGCGAGAUUGAAAGGCUAGAAAAGA